GCGCCCCGCCCCCUCCGCGCGUGGUCCGUCGGGGCGCUUAGUGGGUGCGGAAGUGCAGAGGCUCAUUCGGCUUAUCCCAGCCCCGCUCACUCCUCCCCGUGCCGCCGCCCGCCGGAGCCGCAGCCAAGAUGCCGAUGUUCGUGGUGCAGACCAAUGUGCCGCGCUCCGCGGUGCCCGACUCCCUGCUGAGCGAGCUCACGACGCAGCUGGCCAAGGCCACGGGCAAGCCGGCCCAGUACAUCGCCGUGCACAUCUCGGCCGACCAGCUGAUGGCUUUUGGGGGCUCCACGGACCCGUGCGCCCUCUGCAGCCUUCAUAGCAUCGGCAAGAUCGGCGGGCCCCAGAACAAGGCAUACAGCCAGCAGCUCUGUGGCCUGCUCACCAAGCACCUCAAAAUUCCCGGGGACAGGAUCUACAUCAAUUACUACGACAUGAACGCAGCCAAUGUGGGCUGGAAUGGGUCCACCUUUGCCUGAGCUCCCCUGCUGUGUGUGCUCCUGUCCUGGCCCAGGCUCCCAAGCUAGGUCCCUUUGCUGUCUGGUCACUCACUGCCUGGUUCUUGUCUA